GCUGCUGUUGUUUUAAGGACACUGAUGUGAACAUCAUUGUGAUAGUUCACCUUGAUCAUCACCAGAACAAACUCCACAAGAUGGAAAACACCAAGCCGUGGUACUCUGAGAAAGUGUAUGCGAGGUACUGGAGGCACUAUGACUUAGCCAUGUGCUGGAUGCACAGGCACCAGAAAGCAUACAGGAAAGCUAUGGAGUGCUUUUAUCACCUGCCAUGGCAUCCAUGGCAUCCUGCUGUAGCCUCUCCAAGCAGCCACUACUCAGAUUGGGAUGGGAAUGAUCUCCCACAUACCCAAAACUAUCCUUUCAGCUAUAGACCAGAUAUCAGAGUUCCAUAUGAUGGGGGAGCUCAGCAGUAUGCAGGCGCUUACCAGGAGAGGGAGGAUGCUGAUGAGGACUCCGAAAUGGAAGAGGAUGCUGAAAGGGACUCUGAAAUGGAGGAAGACUCAGAGUCUGAAGGGGAGAUAGAAUAUGACUUGAGUAACAUGGAGAUCACAGAGGAGCUUCGCCAGUUUUUUGCAGAGACAGAGAGGCACCGGGAAGAGCUGCGGAGGCAGCAGCAGCUGGAAGCUGAGGACCCAUACGUGGAGGCUGAUCAAGACCUGCACAGGAGGGUGGAGCGUUCUGUGGAGCCGCCAACAGAAAGACCUGGGGAGAGGCGCAUGGCAGAAAUGAAGAAACUGUAUGGUGCUGAAGCUGCCAAAAUCCAGGCAAUGGAAGCUGCCAUGCAGCUAAUCUUUGAUAGGAACUGUGACAGAAAGCAGCCCAAAUUCUGGCCCAUUAUUCCCCUUAAGCUCCCUCUUGGCCAGCUGGCAUUCCGUUUUUAA